AUGGUUCAGUCCGCGGUUCUGGGUUUCCCCCGCAUGGGUGUCCUUCGGGACCUCAAGAAGGCCAAUGAAGCCUACUGGGCCGAGAAGAUCUCGCAGGCCGACCUGCUCGCUGAGGGCAAGCGCCUGCGUCUAGCCCACUGGAAGAUUCAGAAGGAGGCCGGUGUUGACAUCAUCCCUUCCAACGACUUCUCUUUCUAUGACCACAUCCUCGACCACAUCCAGCUCUUUAAUGCUGUCCCUGAGCGCUACAGGCGCCAGAAGCUCUCUCCUCUUGAUGAGUACUUCGCCAUGGGCCGUGGCCACCAGAAGGGCGACGUCGACGUCCCUGCCCUCGAGAUGGUCAAGUGGUUCGACUCGAACUAUCAUUACGUGAAGCCAACUCUCCAGGACAACCAGACCUUCGCCCUCGCUGAGGAUCCCAAGCCUGUGCGCGAGUUCCUCGAGGCCAAGGAGGCUGGCUUCCACACCCGCCCCGUCCUCGUCGGCCCCGUCUCCUUCCUUGCCCUUGGCAAGGCCGACCGUGGCUCCAAGGUCGACCCCAUCUCCCUCAUUGACAAGCUCGUGCCUGUCUACAUCGAGCUCCUGAAGCAGCUCAAGGCUGCUGGUGCCGACCACGUCCAGAUCGACGAGCCCGUCCUCGUCUUCGACCUCCGCCCCGAGGUCAAGGCCGCCUUCAAGCCGGCCUAUGAGGCUAUCUCUGCUCAGGCCAGCGAGAUCCCGGCCAUCACCAUUGCCACCUACUUUGGUGACAUCGUCCACAACUUCGAUGUCCUCCCGGCCUUCGCCAACCUCCACGGUCUCCAUGUCGACCUUGUUCGUCACCCUGAGCAGCUGGAGCCAGUUCUCAAGCAACUCGGCCCCAACCAGGUCCUCUCGGCUGGUGUCGUUGACGGCCGCAACAUCUGGAAGAACAACUUUCAGAAAUCCCUUGACCUCCUCCACACCGCUAUUAAGGCCCUUGGCCCUGAGCGCGUUGUCGUUGCCACUUCCAGCUCCCUCCUGCACGUCCCCCACACCCUAGCCAGCGAGAAGAAGCUCCCUGCCGAUGUCUAUGAGUGGUUCUCCUUCGCCGUCGAGAAGGUGAAGGAGGUCGCCAUACUCGCCAAGGCCGUUGUUGACCCCGAGUCGGUCCGCGCCGAGCUCGAUGCCAACGCUGCUGCCAUGAAGUCGCGUGCUGAGUCUGCCCGCACCAACGACCCUGCUGUUGCAGAGCGCCAGGCUCAGGUCACCGACGCUAUGCAUCACCGCCAGUCUGACUUCGAGACCCGCUAUGCUAAGCAGCGGACUCACCUCAGCCUGCCCCUGUUCCCUACCACCACCAUCGGCUCCUUCCCUCAAACCAACGAGAUCCGUAUCCAGCGUGCCAAGUUCACCAAGGGUGAGAUCACCGCGGAGCAAUACGAUGAAUUCAUCAAGAAGGAGAUCGACCUUGCCAUCCAGAUCCAGGAUGAGCUUGGCCUCGAUGUCUACGUCCACGGCGAGCCUGAACGUAACGACAUGGUCCAGUACUUCGGUGAGCGCCUCAAGGGCUUCGUCUUCACCACCCAUGCCUGGGUCCAGUCUUACGGCUCUCGCUGCGUGCGUCCUCCCAUCAUUGUUGGCGAUAUCUCUCGCCCUGCUCCCAUGACCGUUAAGGAGUCCAAGUAUGCUGCUGAGCGGUCCAAGAAGCCCAUGAAGGGCAUGCUUACUGGCCCAGUCACCUGCCUGCGGUGGUCGUUCCCUCGUGACGAUGUUCACCAGUCCGUCCAGUGCCAGCAGCUCGCUCUGGCUCUCCGUGACGAGGUUCUCGACCUCGAGAAGAACGGCAUCUACGUUAUCCAGGUCGAUGAGCCUGCUCUUCGUGAGGGUCUCCCUCUCCGCAAGGGCCCUGAGCGCGAUGCCUACCUCAAGUGGGCUGUGAACAGCUUCAAGCUGGCCACCGCUGGUGUCCAGGAUUCGACUCAGAUCCACUCUCACUUCUGCUACUCCGAGUUCCAGGACUUCUUCUAUGCCAUUGCUGCCCUUGACGCCGACGUUCUCUCCAUCGAGAACUCCAAGUCGGAUGCCAAGCUCCUCAAGGUCUUCGAGGAUGAGGCCUACCCGCGCCACAUCGGCCCCGGUGUCUACGACAUCCACAGUCCGCGUAUCCCUCCCGAGUCAGAGAUCCGUCAGCGCAUCCAGGAGAUGCUCCAGUAUCUCCGCCCUGAGCAACUCUGGAUCAACCCUGAUUGCGGUCUGAAGACUCGCAAGUGGGAUGAGGUCAAGGGUGCCCUCACCAACAUGGUCAAGGCUGCUCAGUACUUCCGUGAGCAGUACGCCAACAAGGCUUAA